AUGAGAAACCACACAAUAACAACAUUCAUCCUUCUGGGACUGACUGAUGACCCACGAAUGAAAGUUCUGAUUUUCAUCUUCCUUUUCUUUACCUACAUGUUGAGUGCAGCUGGGAAUCUGACCAUUAUCUCCCUCACCUUCAUAGAUUGCCGCCUUAGGACAGCCAUGUACUUUUUUCUCCAAAAUUUCUCUUUCUUGGAAAUCUCAUUCACAACGGCUUGUAUUCCCAGAUUUUUGUACAACAUAGCAAUGGGUGACAAAAUCAUUACUUAUGCAGCUUGUGCUGCUCAAAUAUUUUUUACUUACCUUUUUGGGAUAACGGAAUUUUUUCUUCUAGCCAUCAUGUCCUUUGACCGCUAUGUAGCCAUCUGCAAACCCUUGCACUAUGUAACCAUCAUGAACAACAGAGUCUGCAAUAGGUUAAUCAUCAGCUGUUGGAUGGCUGGUUUGUGCAUCAUAAUCCCCCCACUAAGCCUGGGCCUCAAUCUGGAAUUCUGUGACUCUAACGUCAUUGACCAUUUUUUCUGUGAUGCCACUCCUCUGCUAAAGAUAUCAUGCUCAGACACACGGUUCAUAGAGAGAAUGAUUUUAGUGUGUGCUGUGUUGACAUUCAUCUUGACCCUUGUGUGUGUAGUUCUGUCCUACAUUUAUAUCAUCAUGACAAUUCUAAGAUUCUCUUCCUCUCAGCAAAGGACAAAAGCCUUUUCGACCUGUUCUUCCCACAUGAUUGUGGUUUCCAUCACUUACGGCAGCUGUAUAUUCAUCUACAUCAAACCUUCAGCCAGGAAAGAGGUGGCUCUUAAUAAGGGAGUUUCCCUGCUCAUUCUUUCUAUUUCACCCACGUUGAACCCUUUUAUUUAUACCCUGAGAAACAAGCAAGUGCAGAAAGCCUUGAAUGACUUGAUCAAAAGAUUGCAUUCUUCUUCAAAAAGUAAGAAAAAAGGUACUUGA